AUGGCUCCUACAAAAAAGCUUAUGAAAGUCUUCCGGAGUAUUGCAGGCAGAUUUGUUGGACAAACCCAAGUGAGGGCAAUGAAUGGCUCGUGUUCGUUUUAUUUGCCUGUCGAAAAAACUCAGUAUCUUGCUGGUGCAAUGACUGCUGCAAAAGGAAGCGUGGCAGUCGUGUACACGACUGGACCCGAGGAUCAUUUUCGGCACCUUUUUGUUGCCUACCAAGCGUCGAUUGCAGGAUUUGGAUCUGGAUGCCGUCCACUGCUGGGCCUUGAUGGAACCCACCUUCGAUCAAAGUAUGUGGGGACGCUCCUAGUGGCGACGGCUGUGGACGGUGACGGCGCUCUCUGA